AUGAGGAUAAUGGUGAUGAGGGUAUUGGUGAUGAGGAAAAUAGGGGAUGAGGACAAUGAUGAAGAUAAUGAUGAUGCAUAUGAGGGUUCUGGUGAUGAGGAUAAUGGUGAUGAGGAUGAUGAUAAGGAUAUUGUUGAGGAUAAUGAUGGAGAGGAUAUCGGUGAUGAGGAUAUGUACCACCAGCACAUCAACACCACAGCACCACCAGCACAUCAACAUCACAGCACCACCAGCACAUCAACACCACAGCACCAGCAGCACAUCAUCACCACAGCACCACCAGCACAUCAACACCACAGCACCAGCAGCACAUCAACACCACAGCACCACCAGCACAUCAACACCACAGCACCACCAGCACAUCAACACCACAGCACCACCAGCACAUCAACACCACAGCACCACCAGCACAUCAACACCAUAGUACCACCAGCACAUCAACACCAUAGCACCACCAGCACAUCAACACCACAGCACCACCAUCACAUCAACACCACAGCACCUCCGGAACAUCAACACCACAGCAACACCAGCACAUCAACACCACAGCACCAGCAGCACAUCAACACCACAGCACCACCAGCACAUCAACACCACAGCACCACCAGCACAUCAACACCACAGCACCACCAGCACAUCAACACCACAGCCCCACCAGCACAUCAACACCACAGCCCCACCAGCACAUCAUCACCACAGCCCCACCAGCACAUCAACACCACGGCAUCACCAGCACGUCAACACCAUCAGCAUAACAUCAUGCACCUGCCAUUCUCAUGCACAAUCUGCCAGAUGUUUCGCAAAGGAAUAAAAACUUGGGUUAUUAGAACGAUUGAUGCACAACGCCUUCCUGCAGCAUCAACAUCUACUACGAUCUCGCCCGCCAUCAAUUAUGAGAAUACUUCCCACCGUGCGUCACUGAAGCGUUCUCUAAAGAUGGAUUCUAACCAGGCUAGAGAACUAACAAGGUUACCGCAAUGGAUUCCAAUAGCAGAACCCACCACACGCAUCACCCCCCGCAAAAAGGAAAAGAAACUAAUAGACGAUUUGAAUAGAGAAGAAAGUCUGAAAGUCGGAACUUACGAUGAACGCAAAGAGAAAAAGACUAGAGUUAUGUUGAACAGUAGAGAAUCCACAUUUCGAACAGGAGGAGUGUUACAAACAAAGCGAAGCGACUAA